ACAUCAAGACGCCAAUAGGAGAGCCCGGUGAGAUGGAACUGAAAGGAUCAACGUCUCGUUGUCUUAUCGAACAUCAUGUUCACGAAUAACACCAAUCGUCUAGACAUAUUAGGAGAUACAAGUGAAAAAAGAAGACGCUGCUCGGACUGCGUAACCACGAUUCCAUUGAGCACCAUCUCCAUCGAUCCUUAUUCGAUCAACAGACGCGCUCGCGCGUGAGUGAAACGAGAAUGAAAACGCCGAACUAUUAAUCGAUCAACGAUAAAAUUAUUUCUCGAAAAAUGGAGAGGAUUGGCCACGUAUGGUUGUCCAUGGACUAAAAUAAGUCCGAGUUAGAGACCACGCGUGCGAUCUCGUGAUUUUCCUCACAAACCGCCCGCCAAUCUCCGUAUUGAACGCGCGCUCGUGGAAUCGCGUUCGCCGCCCCCACGAUCUCCAUCCUUAAAUUAACCUGCCGCGACCCCUUCAUAUGAUGGCGCCCUACAUUGCCAUUUUACCUUCAAAUUGAAGUGCUAUCUCUCCAUCUUCCGUACCCAAAUAAGCUAAAACCUCUCCACAAAAUGUCUCCCAGAGUUCUCUUCAUCUGCCUCGCUUCGAUCGCCGUGCUCGGGUUGGCCUCGGCCGCGGAGCCUACUACCACCGCCAGUGCUCCAACCACCUCGUCGCCCUCCUCCUCCUCAGCAUUUGCACCGGUUUCCGAUAGCGCGGUUGGCAACACGGACGACGGGUCGGGGGACGACAAAGGAGACGACGCGCUCGCGGCGCCCGUCGGCAGCCCGGUGCCCGCGGGAGUGUUUCCUUCGUCAUUGGAUGCGUCCGCGCCUGGCCCCGGCGGCAGCGGAGCCUUUCGAGCCGGCAUCUCCGCAAGCAUCGCGAUCGCCGCUAUGAUCGGGCACUUCUUCUGAAUCGAAUCUCGAGCCGGGCCGAU